AUGUUGCCAUUGCCGAAACAAAUGAAAGGGCUGAAUACAAUGGACAGUAUUGCACUGGAUGCUCCAUUUGAUCCCACAGUUUAUAAUCCAAUAGAGGUUGAGCGACUCCGUAAAUCAAAAUGGCUACCACCAAUUGUUGAAACGGCUAAAUUGACGCACACAUCUGUAAAACGAGUAGAUUCUUUACGACAGCCGCAAACCUUGGCACGCAAAUCCGACGAGUUUUCUAGGGCAUUUAAGCCCAGAGGCGGUGAUCGGUUUCCCAUGUCUGAAUUCAUUGAAUCGGAAAAACGUAAAAAGUUGUUAAUGGCAAGUUUAAACCUUUUAUUUGUUCACCAAAUGCAUGAUGAUGCACUGGCUCGUCAGCAUAAAAUCGAAACUCUUGAGCGCACACAAAAUGCAAACAUUGCUUUGACAUACAAUUGGACUUCAAUCAAGCUACUUGGUAAAAAUAUCAAAUUUCAGCAGUAUAUUAGUGCACUUGAAAAGCGUGGAAUGGAGCAUACUGUCAAGAGUAUCGCUCAAGGUCAGCCAAGUGCAAUUGCAGAAAAAACAGAUAUUCUUUUACCCACAUCACUUGAUCGUAAUUCAAAUCCAACUAGUUCAUCUCAAAGCAAAUACAGCCAGUUUCCGCAGCUGCAUCAUUCAGUCCAGUCACCUUUGCUUUGUGACGAGGAAUCUAAUAACCAGCAUUUAAUAAAUCAUGGAAACGAUGCAAAUGUCACUUUUUGCCCAACACAUCUCAAACAAGCGGACUCGCUAGAAACAAUUAGGGACAGCAUUGAUGCAAGUAGAUUCAGACCAAAACGCAAAGGUGGAUUAUCUCUUCGUAAUCACAGUGACGAAUCUGCCAUAUUGUUCCAAAACAACUAUAUAUUUGGCAAACCUGUGGAUUUUGAUCAUACUGACGAUGACGAGUUCAACCAUACUUUUGCAGAGAUUAUCAAUUUGGGAAAUGCAAUUGCUGAUAAAUCUAUUUUGAUCAAUCAUGACAGUAGUAUAUAUUGGGCACCGAAUGAUACCGGUUUUCUUAACUGA